AAAAGCCGCCGCCGCCGCCGCCGCGCUGACUCCGUUGUUGGCGCUGCUGCUGCUGCUGGGCGCGCGGAGACGGCGGGGGCCCCGAGAGCGCGAGCCAGAUUCUGAAACAUGGAUUUGGCCAACCAUGGACUUAUUCUUCUGCAGCAGCUCAACGCUCAGAGGGAGUUUGGUUUCCUAUGUGACUGCACAGUAGCUAUUGGUGACGUCUACUUCAAGGCACACAAAUCUGUCCUUGCCGCUUUUUCCAACUACUUCAAGAUGCUGUUUGUUCAUCAAAGCAGUGAAUGUGUCCGUUUGAAGGCAACUGAUAUACAGCCAGAUAUUUUCAGCUACCUCCUGCAUUUGAUGUACACUGGGAAGAUGGCUCCUCAGCUCAUAGAUCCUGUUCGAUUAGAGCAAGGAAUAAAGUUUCUGCAUGCAUACCCACUAAUUCAAGAGGCUAGCCUUGCCAGUCAAGGAAACUUUGCACAUCCAGAGCAAGUUUUUCCAUUGGCAUCUUCAUUAUAUGGUAUUCAGAUUGCAGAUCACCAGGUCAGAAAUCCCACAAAGGCAGCUACAGCAGCUGACAAGUCUGUUCGAGAACCAAGGCCACAGCCAUCAAGAGUAAACCAAGAACAGGCGCAUGAAGCCUCUCAACUGUCACAGUUACCACCAACAACUCUGCCUCAAGUGCCCCAGACAAAUAUGGCUGCUUCUGACCCACUGCAAUCUUCACUGUCUCCAGAACUGGUUUCAGCUGCUCCUCAUCCUUCUCCUCCAGGUGAUGAAACCAACAUGGAAGCCUCUUCCUCAGACGAUCAGCCUGCUUCUCUCACAAUAGCACAUGUUAAGCCAAGCAUUAUGAAAAAGAAUGGAAGCUUCCCCAAGUACUAUGCUUGUCACCUCUGCGGUCGACGGUUCAAUUUGCGAAGUAGUUUGCGCGAGCAUCUCCAGAUUCACACAGGAGUGCCAUUCACAUCUAGCCCGCAUGGAGAAAGUAGUAUUCCUUUGUCUCUGUGUAAUAAUGCUCCUGACAAAGAUGCUAUGGAAGUGCCUGAAGCUGGAAUGAUCAGUGAUAGUGAGCUGCAGCAGAUCUCAGAUUCACCAAUAAUUGAUGGGCAACAACAGGCAGAAACACCACCCCCCUCUGACAUUGCCGACAUAGACAACUUGGAGCAGGCAGAUCAAGAAAGGGAAGUUAAAAGGCGGAAGUAUGAAUGUUCCAUUUGUGGACGCAAAUUCAUUCAGAAAAGCCACUGGAGAGAGCACAUGUACAUACAUACUGGCAAACCUUUCAAGUGCAGCACAUGUGACAAAAGUUUCUGCCGGGCCAAUCAAGCUGCUAGACAUGUAUGUCUAAACCAAAGCAUGGACACAUACACUAUGGUGGACAAGCAGACUCUGGAGCUUUGUACUUUUGAGGAAGGCAACCAAAUGGACAAUAUGUUGGUGCAGACCAACAAACCGUAUAAAUGCAACUUGUGUGACAAAACAUUCUCUACGCCUAAUGAAGUUGUCAAACAUUCGUGCCAAAGUCAAAACUCUGUCUUUACUCUAGACGAUGAUAGAUCCAUUCUGCUAGGUGGUGGAGAUGCUGAAACCACAGAGAGUGAGCAUUCAGUCUUAGACUCUAUCAAAAAAGAACAGGAAGCAGUGUUGUUAGACUGACUGUGAAACUCAUACCAUUUUUUUUUAAAAAAAACCUAAACUUAAAAAAAAAAGUUUUAUUAAGUUUUACUAAACCUAUCCUUCUCCCCUCCCUCUCCACCAUAACUACACUGACAUGAAAGAAAGUCUGACUGCCCCUUUUUCCAGCAAAAGUAUAAAAUUAAUAAAGGAUAUUGUAUCAAAUUAUAAUAAUUGAUUUUCAUACAGAAGAAAAUGUGUAAGGGUAACUUGGCUAACUAUGUGAAUAGUGCUAAAAUGCAUCUGUAACAGACUAAGUAAGUUUUAAGACUGUUUCAAUGUAUGCUUGAAUGCAGUGAGAUGCAAGAUGAGUAAAAGAAAAGAAACAAAACAUAUGUUUAUUAAAGUACAAUGGUUUCCCUUCAUAACAAAUUACCUUUAGAGGAAGUCUAGUUGAGGAUAAAAAAUUCUCAUAGUGAUAUAUACGUAUAAGCUGUGUCUAUUUGUCAUUUUACAAAAGCUCAAAUUCCCUUCAUGAUCCAAGGACUUUUUUAAUUCACAAGAUUUUGUCAAAUGUUCUUUUCAAGUAACGUCAUUGACAUUAAGGCUAUGACCCCCAAGCACACUGACUUGGUGGUAAAUCCCAUUGACAGCAGCAGGGCUUAAACAUCCAAGUAAAUGUGUUUAGGAUCAGAUUUUACUAAAAUACCAGUAAUAAUGUGAUGGCAAUCAUUUUAUAUGCAUAAAAAAGUGUGUGUGUGUAUGUAUAUGUACAUCAGGUAAAUGCAGGGAAAUUAUGUAUGCACCCUUCCCAAACAAAACUGGCCACCAGUUUUGAAUAAUUGAAGUUUUUAAAAUCAGACAAAUAUAUUCUUUUUCAAGAAUAUUCAAAUUUGUCCUGCGUGGAUGCAUUUUUUUAUCCUACUGAAUGGAAACCUACAUUGAUAAUGAGUACUGUCACCAAAAUGUGAAGGAAAUCAGAGAUUAGAAUAAUUGUACAUAUUGAACCCCAUGCUAAGCAUGUGGGAGAACAGAUUCGAGGCUUUCUAGAGUCACACUUUGGCUUUUUUGUCAAAACAUUAAUCUGAGUUUAUCUGAUUAACAUGUAGGAAUUAAGGGAAAGGGAGUCUGGUCUUAAAUACUAUUUAACUACUGGCAUCCUCUUUUAACAGCAGAAUGGGAGAAUGAUGAGACUAUAUCAUGGUUGGUUUUCAAGUAAUAGAACAACAUUGAGUGGGAAGCUGUAUGUACUUUAUGUUCCAUUACUUUCACCCCAGCCAGGCAACAUGGGGGACGGGACGGGACACACUGCACAUUGUUUUUGCUCUGGACAGUACUGUCUGCAAAUUUAAAAUUAAGCUGCUGAAUUUUAUCUUCUUUUUAAUAUAUAAAUAUCUGAGUAUUCUCCAGUAGCAUAAAAAACAGGAGUAAUUUGUACUUGUGGGAUAGUUUCAAUAAACAAGUAUCUCACCAGAAAUGCAGGCAGUGUUUUGAUGGGGGAGAGAGGCAGAUACAGCUCUGCUCUUGUAUACAUGUUUUAUUUGAGUAUCAUCCUAUUUUGUGUCUAGUUAUGUUUUCCAGUUUGUAAGUUUUUAUACAUUAUUUCACGGAAUAAAAAUGAUAUAAAAUGAAA